GUAAUUCAAAUUUCAAUCGUAAAAUCUUAAAUGAUGCAAAGGAGACAAUGUCUCCCUAUUCAAAGUCCCAACCCCCUCCAACAAUGUCCCUAUUGCAUCUCUCAACUCCGCAUGGAUAGCUUAGUUGGUUAAAGGAGAAGAUGACAAGUUCAAAGAUCCUAGGAUCAAAUCGCGGCUACAUCGAUGCGAGAAUCUUAUUUUUUGUCAUAGCUUUUUGUGUGUUACAAGUACAUAACGACCUCUCUAAAGAUCAAACUAAAAUUAUAUCAAGAUUUAAACGUCUCACAAUCCUAUUUGAUCGAGAUGUGAGGCGUCCUGGUUUGGCGUUCGUUCAACAGUUCACCCUAUUAUGUCCCUCAAACCUAGUUGGUAAAAAUUGGGGAUCAAAGUUUAAAAAAAUCAAAAUCACUUUGAGAUAGAAAUUGAAGUUGGGUGUGUAAAAAAUAGGCUACAACAAUCAUUAUUUUGGCCAACCUCAAGAGAUAAAGGGAAUAUGGGAUGAGUUUGAUGAUUGAAGCACUUCCAUUCCAUUGCAACUUUGCAAGUGACCAAACAAGAGAGAACAAUGCAAUGGCGCCCAUUCUUACUUUGGGUCCUUCUAUCCCUAACCCUCCAAUCAUAUCCGGCCACGUCACUGCAGUCUAUCCUCAAUGGGCCCCGUCCUCCCCUCUCCGUCACCGUGACCCAAUUCGGAGCCGCCGGCGACGGCAUCCGCUACGACACCGUCGCGAUACAGAAGGCGAUCGACUCGUGCUCCGCCGCCGGAGUCCGUCCUUGCCGCGUCAUCUUCCCGCCGGGGAAGUACUUGACCGCGACGAUCCGCCUGAAGUCGGGAGUCGUUCUGGAAAUCACGAGAAACGCGACGAUCCUGGGAGGCACGAGGCGGAGUGACUACCCGGAGGAGCGGAGGCAGUGGUACGUGGUGCUGGCGGAGGGGGCGGAGGAGGUCGGGAUCACCGGCGGAGGGGAGAUCAACGGGCAAGGACUGAAAUUCGUGAGGAGAUUCGACGACCGGAAGAACGUGAUGGUGAGCUGGAACGAGAGUGGGGCGGCGUGUUUGGGAGACGAAUGCCGGCCCCGGCUUGUGGGAUUCAUCGGCUGUAGAAAUGUCAAGAUCUGGAAUAUCAGGCUUAUCCAGCCUGCUUAUUGGUGUUUGCAUUUAGUGCAAAGUGAGGGGAUAUCCAUCCAAGACAUUGCAAUACAUGGGGAUUUCAAUACCCCAAACAACGACGGGAUAGAUAUAGAGGACUCAAACAACACAGCCAUCGCAAGGUGCCACAUCGACACCGGAGACGACGCCAUCUGCCCCAAGUCAUCCAAUGGCCUUGUCUAUAACCUCACUGUCACAAACUGCUGGAUCCGAACAAAGUCCUCUGCUAUAAAGCUUGGGAGUGCCAGUUCUUACUCUUUUAGGAACUUCACCUUUGACAAUAUCACCAUUGUUGAGUCCCAUAGAGGCCUCGCUCUCCAGAUUCGAGACGGAGGCAAUGUUAGUGACAUAACCUUCUCAAACAUAAACAUAACCACCAGAUACUACGACCCAUCAUGGUGGGGAAGGGCGGAGCCGAUCUACGUCACCGCCUGCCGGAGGGUGGCGGCGGCAGCAGCAGUUCAAGAGCGCGCCGGCUUCAUUUCUGGCGUCCGAUUCCUGAACAUCACCGCAACAUCCGAGAACGGGGUGUUCUUGUCCGGCUCCGGCGGGGCUCUGCUGAGCAAUCUGAAGUUCAGCAACGUGAGCCUCACGUUCAAAAGGUGGACGAAUCACUCCGGCGGGUUGCUGGAUUACCGGCCGGGAUGCAGGGGGCUCGUCCGCCACAGAACCGCCGGGUUCAUGAUGGAGCACAUUGAUGGGCUGGAGAUGGAGAACGUGUUCGUGAGGUGGGCUUUGGGUCCUGCUCUGAAAUGGAAUAAUCCAUUGGAUUUCAGACCUGCAACUGUGAAUAACAUCUCUUUGCUCAGUUUCUCCUCAAAGCCAUACCAAGAAUGAAGAUGAUAGUCAUGAUACAUAACAUGACCUCAAGCUAUGCACAGAUCACACAGACUGUUAUUGUCGACGUGUUAGGGUUAUCCUAGCACGGUUUUUAUUCAAAAUUGUGUAAAAUGAUUGAUGGAUUAAGACUACCUUUACAUAGCCUUUUCAAAACGAUAACACUAAAUGCUUUCAUUGUAUAAUUUUAUUUUUCUUACUAGGGUGAUUGAAAUCGGGAAACUGUUGCUCUCU